AGAGGCGGCGAUGGGGCGGGCUCGUGCCCGGGAGUCCAUGUGGGCGCCGGCGCGGCGCGGAGCAGCGCCGUGUCGCCAUGGCGGAGCUGCAGCAGCUCCGGGUGCAGGAGGCGGUGGACUCUAUGGUGAAGAGUCUGGAGAGAGAGAACAUCCGGAAGAUGCAGGGCCUCAUGUUCCGGUGCAGCGCCGGCUGUUGUGAGGACAGCCAGGCGUCCAUGCAGCAAGUGCACCAGUGCAUUGAGCGCUGCCAUGCACCUCUGGCUCAAGCCCAGGCCCUGGUGACCAGCGAGUUGGAGAAGUUCCAGGACCGCCUGGCCCGGUGCACUAUGCAUUGCAACGACAAAGCCAAAGAUUCAAUUGAUGCAGGGAGUAAAGAGCUUCAGGUGAAGCGGCAGCUGGAGCGUUGCGUGACCACGUGUGUGGAUGACCACAUGAACCUCAUCCCAACCAUGACCAAGAAGAUGAAAGAGUCUCUGUCAUCCAUUGGGAAAUAGAUGUCUGCUAUCGGCCAUCGGGGCUGAAGGCAGGAGUCUAUUUAAAAAGAGAAAUGGGGAUUUGGGUUUUCUAAGGAAAGUUUAUGAAUGAGGAAAUAAGGAUGGCAGCAAGUUUAAGGCCUACAUCACUUGCCUCUGGACACUGGUUCCUUUGUGUUUGAAACCUAGAAAGUGAAAAAACCUGGUGCUAAAAUUGGGGUCAGAGAUAGCACAGGAGAGUUUCUGUGAGCCUGAAUUUCAUGUGGCAAGUGCUUAUCCUGGCAACAGGGAGUCUCCCUUGUACCAAACCAGAGCCCUCCAAGGUACCAGAUUCUCUUAGUACACAGAUACCAACAGGCUGGCAGGUUCAUCUGACCUGCUUAUGAGCUGGUGGAGUGUGAGGAGAGGUGUUUCUGUUUGUUGUCAACCUCCUGUUUACCAGAAGGAUCACUACAACAUUUCCCACAAACUGGAAAUAAAAUCCAUGAGGUCACUAAUUUAGAAGGGGAAAGGGGGCUUCUGGGGAUUUGUUUUGCGUGGUUUUGUUUUGUAUAAAGGGCAUGAAGCUACUUUAAGAUGUAUAGUUGGGAGAGGUAGUUUCGAUAAAAACUUUGAAAGGGUCCUUGCAGAUAUUCAUUUCUGGCCGUCAGGAUGUGGAUGCGCAUUUCUUUAAAUUCUCACACAUGACAUCUUUCAGCCUGGAGACCCUGCAAAAAUUUAAGAAGUGCUAUCACACUGGUAGGGGAAGCAAACCUUCCCUCUGACUGGCAGCCAUGAUGAGCUCUGAGGCUGUCAGCAGCAGAGUCAGCUGAGUGACAAGACAAUCUUGCAGUGACACUCACCCUUGAAGGGAAAGGGGAUUUUGAUUGUGCUAUAUGCUAGUCUUCAAGAAUGAACAGUGAAAGAGGAAUUGUUAGCUGCUUAAUUAAGAGAGUUAUGAAGUACUGGCUUUGGAAAAAUCUGGUUUUUGUAAAACAAAAUAGAAUGAAAGCCUAAACCCAGUAUUGCUUACUUUGCCCCCUGUGAUAACAGAGCUCUGUUGAAACAAUCCCUUGGCAACACGAAGGUCAAAGAAGAAAAAGUAAGCAACUCAGGGGCAAGCUGUGACUCCUUUAGAGCAAAAAACGGGACAGCCCUCCGGUACCAAAUACUACUUGUGCGACAUGCGUUGUUCUUGCCCCAGUUCUGGCACCUUAUCAUUGUAUUAAGGACCUUGUGUUUUUACCAACUUAUUACUUGAAAUGAUAAUAUAGCCUGUCUGUUUGCUGUUUCAAGACUGUGAUAUAUUUUCCUAGUGGUUUGGUUUUAAAAAUACAUGACUUAAUUUUUCUUCCACUAUUGUGUUUCU